UUGUACAGCUGGGAGGGGACUGGCAGUCGUAUGUGUAUAAAUGCACCCAGCAGUACGUGAAGGACCAGACAAAGACUGCAGACUUCACAAUAUCUUACACCCAAGACCAUUCGACCAGCAUACGGCAUACUAUCGGCUGAUUUUUUAAAAAAUCCCACUAUUCUGAAACUGCAGUCUAAUUCUACCAGAAAAAAAAAAAACAUUUAUUGCUAACACUAUUUUUAAAAACCUUCUCAGUAAUGGAGUUUCGGAAACUGCUGGCUAUAAUUACCACCAUGAUUGCACUUGCAUGUAGUACUUAUGGAUUAUCUUUUAAUCUUGACAAGGAACACUGGAUUUCCAAGAACUGGGAGGAUGAAUCUUUUGCGGAAAGACUGGCCAGUGAAGUGGCAAGUCUAAUCAAGCGGUCCAAAGGGCAUCAGUUUUACGGACUCAUGGGAAAGCGCUCAGACAUCCCAAAACCUAUGCGAAUGGAUCGAAGAAGAAAUAAAGGGGAGAUGUUUGUCGGACUCAUGGGCAGACGAUCUUUAAGAGGAGAUAUCUUCACUAGAAUAAUCCCAGCCGAGACAAGUACAGCUAUUGGUGCAGCAAUGGAAUCGGACAAGCAAUCAGAUUUGCAAGAAGAAUGGGACAAACUUCAAUAUUACUGAUGACGGUCAAGAUACUGUUUGUGAACAUUUUCAGAUUUAGGGAAAAGGAAGUCAAGUUUCACAAUAUUCACCUUUGCCAAUUUUGACCAAUAAAGCCUCGUUAUCAGUA